UUGUGGUGUCUUCCAGUAGUGAUAGGAACUUGUAGACAGCAGUACCACACCAGGCACCACCAUGACACAGCGGUACCUGGCUGCUCUGGACUAUGCCGAUUACAAUGCCAGACAAAUUCUUCGUAAACAUGCAAAGAAGCGCCCUCUUGGAGAGAUUGAACUUCGACAUCGAUAUACUCCAGCACAGCCCGUUUUAUCCUGUCGGACUGUCAAUAUUGACGUCAGCGGAACACGGACGUACCGACCAAAAUCCACCACAGACAUAAUACAGGAACAGCAUCGACUCAUUCAUUCACUGUACACUAAAAGAUCUGUUGCAUCAGCACCCCCACGACGGAACCUUCCAGCUCAAAACAGCGGUAGAAAAGUCCAGAGGAUAAAUAUUCAGGUAACUGGCCAGCCAUUGUCAGCUCAGUCCCAGAAUCAACUUCCACUCAGAAAAAAGUCAAUCACAAAAAAGCCCAAACCCAAUGGCAGGGCUAAGAGUGCUCCCUCUUACAAAGUUGUGCGAUGGAGUGAUGACCAUGACUUACUGAUGACAAGUCGAUCGACAAAGGCCUUAACAUCUGAAAUCCACCAACAAUGGCAGCCAGAGAACCAUGACCUCAGCUCUGGUGUCUUUGUCCGGGGACAGAGUAAAGCAGAGGCCCCAAACAGUCUUGAUACAUGGCUAACAUUUGGGGGUUCAGCAAUUGCUGGAGAAACUCCUGGGGGCAUAAUUGAUGCCUUUGCACAAUUCAAGGAUAGCGGAGAGUUUUACAGUGUGGAGGGGGGAGUGGGAAGUAGAAUUGCACAACAGCUGCAGAAAGGGGACCGUGUCAGGAUAGGAAUUAAUGGACGUCCCCAGACUCAUCAUCUGAGACUCAAACAGAGAUGUCUAAGUGAAGAAGUAAUUGAAGAAGAACCACAGACUCAAAUGGAUAGAAGGCCAGUUGUCCCAUUGUGUUGGAAUGACCAAAUAAAUCAACCUACUGCAAAAGUUAUAUCUCCUCGAUCACGGAACAAUGAUCAACCUAGACCUAGUCUUUGUGAAACUCAUCCUGUUAUAUUUAGUCAUCCAGAAGAAAACAAAACACGUCCUAAGCUCGCCUCUCCCUCUCAUGAGGGUUACAAAGUCCGACAACGACCUAAAUCAGGACCAGGUCUGGAUGGCCAUGAUCAGCAAAAUAAAAUUGUAGUUCUAUCCAUUGAUCCCAGUGACGAUGAGGACCGCCUCCAAUCUCUGACCGUGGAUGAUGUGCUCAAACAUUCCAUCAGUGCCAAAAACAUUUCUAAACAGGAGGUUUCCAAAAAGGAGUCCCCCACAGAAAACAGUGAUUCUCCUCCAUUGGAUUCUGUGUCGGAACCUGAUGACAUUGAUCGGAGUCAGAGUAAGACUAGUGGGGCUGAAUCUCAUGUAAGCAGUAAUAGUGAACCGUCAAAGACUCCCAAAUUCAAAGCUGUUACCCCCUCUUUUACAGUGCAGCCCUAUGCAGUUGCUGACCUUUCGGUAGGGCCACCUUCCGGUUCAUAUGUAAGAUCUCAAAGUGAAUUAAGUGCUAGAUCUGUUGCCUCUAGUCGUGCAGGAAGUGACAGGUCUCUGAGUAGGAACAGUGAUAGAGCUAGUGCAAAACACAUGUACAAACCUGGCUCCAGUAAGCCAAUCAGGGUCAGCAGUCCGGCCUCAUUCGCUGUGUAUGGAACAAAAGGAGAAACAGAAUUCAUUCAGAUUUCCACACAGAUUAGGAAUCCUAAUCCAAGAGAAAACUCUGUAAGCAAGAACUCAGAUGGAUUCAUUACACAGACAGCUAGCGAGGAGGCCAUACGUCAGGUUACUAAGCAGAAUAAGGCUGAGGAGAGGACCACGCCCAGAGUCACCCCUGCCCCAGCAUCCUCCCCGGAACCCUCAGAACAGCUUUCCUCCACUGCUACUCAGGUGGCAAUUAAUAUACCUACAGCAGAAGACUUUUCUGAUCGGGACUCCAUGAUGACAUCUCCCUGGCCUACCAAUCGUCAUGACAACAAAGAUGUGGAGAGAAUAACAACUCUGAUGGAAGAUACUGCAGUGGAACGUGAAACUUCUCAGAAAUCAGUCAAGUUCAAAGUUGAUAAAUAAACUUCAAUGUAGACUGCAAUGUAGACUCUGAUCUUGGCUGAUUUGGGACAUAUUAGACUUGAUAUCAAACUUGAAAUCAUUUGAAAGAUAUUCAUACAAUAAUAUUUUAAGUGAAAGUCUUUUUGCUCACAAAUCAGAAUUUGUCUCCCUUGAGGAGUGCAUUGUACUUUCUCUACAUUAAUUUUUUGGAAUAUAUGUAUUUUUUAAAGAUGUAAUUCUGUAUUUUUUAUUUAUAAAUACAUGUAUCUAUGCAGAAAAGUAACAUUUAAUUAUCUUCCUUUGUGUGUGUUGUGAAGUCUAAAUAAUCAGGGAUAAAUGUUGUGGAACUGUUCCGUUAGGUGUUUAAAAGUUAUUUGAGCUGUCCCAGAACAACAUGUCACUUAGUUUAAAUUGCAUCUGUUCAUCCUCAGCUUGAGUGGGUUCAUCCAAGUCAGCAAGCUUCAUCAAAUUUGCAUUCACUGGUGUUCAACAGUUAUGUAAGAGGUAUAACAAAACAUUCAUUGACUGGGUUGUUGGGCAGAAUGUGUUUUGCCAAAUCUUCAAAUCAAACUGCUGCCUUUAAUGCCAUUCAAUAAGUGUAUAGUAUUAGAGUUUAUUUCUCACAAGGUUCUACAUCUACUUAGAAACUAAAAUAAUCAAAAAUAAAAGCAGUAGUUAUAAUGUUUAAUUGUGUACUGAUUUCUUUAGUUACCAUUUGCCAGAACUGUUUCUGUGUUAUAAAGAUCACAAUAAAUUUCAUUCCUUUGAAGAAAAAAAACUUUAAAAUUCAUGUAAACUAUUCAUGGGUAAUGUUUAAUCAACUCAUAAUGUAAAGGAUCUGUGGAGAUUUGGGGAGUACAAUAUUGAAAAGGACAAUGGAGUAGAGUUUCAACGUUAUCACAGAUACUCCCAUAUUUUUGUUUUGGAUACUUAAUUUAUAUGAUAAAGACCAAGAAAUAUAUUUAUAUUUCCAUUUAUGGUUAUAUUGUUUCUCUUGUAUUCUCCUCAAUAAUCUGGUGCCAAAUAAUUACCAUCUCACAGAUAUAAUCAUAGUAUAUAUGUUCCUCAUUUCAUCAAUGCAUGUCCUGGAAGUCCUCCUAGAUAGAGAUUUUGUGAUAUGUGACUUUUUUUGAUCAUAUAUCUAAAACAUGUUUCCAAUUUUAUAUUUUUUAUACAUUUUGUGAAACUAAUUGAAUUAAUAUUACUUGAAUAUUAUGCAUGCUCUGCUAGCAAUUUUGAAAAAACUAGUAGAAUUUCGCUGUUUCAUCUCUGUAUUUGGGUGAUUUUUGUUUUUUGUUCUGUAUGAGGCUCUUUGUAAUGUUUGUACUUUGAUCAUAAUUAUUUCAAAGAAGCAUUUUUCCUUGUGAAUUUUUCAUUUUUCAUGAAAUAA